AUGUCGGAUUAUAGCAGCCAGCAGGGCAGAGAUUACGCCCGGCCUCAGCAGUAUGGCCACGCGACAGGAGCGAGAGAUGCUGCUUUUGCCGACAUCUUCGGCGCGAGCCCUGCCAUGGCCGGUCGCUCACAAACAAUGACAUCCCACUCUGUUAUGAGGCCUCCGGAACGUGCCGCGACCAUGUCUGCGCAGACGGCAGAUAUGAUGCAGAGAGCACCUCCUCUUCGGCACCCAGUAACCACCUACGACCGGCGUCCCCCCUUGCCCCACGACCCACGGCCGCCCCAAAUGCAGGACCAACAUCGACCACAAAACUAUGAUCAACGUCCAGAUCAGUUCCAAAGGCCGCUCCCGAACGGCUAUCCCCCGGCCCAGCGACCUCAAGAUGGCCCACAUCCAAUCCCGCGCCAACCGCAACCAAAUUAUCUUCCUACGCCACUUCGUCCUGAACGCCCACCUUACGGCCAGCCUCAGCGGUUCGACUCACGCCCGUCCCCUCCAGGGCAACCGCCGUUCAACAAGCCUAUUCCCCCGCGCUACCCAGGAGGGCCAGGGCCAGCACUGAACUCCGACCCUUACCGUUCACAAUCUCUGGCCUCAGGGCCUCGGCCACCUUUCAAUCCGGGUCCUGGUGCUCCAGGAUACGGUAGUUCACCUGCGUCAGCGUUCCGCCAGCAGCCUUAUAUGAAUCACAUGGCUAGGACCACGGCACAAGGCAGGGUUGUUCCUGAGCGCCCUGACGAGAGGACCAUGUCCAUGACUUCCUACACCAGGGAUCACGAGUAUGCACAGAUACAAAGCGGAAGAGUCAUACCAAGUCGAAGGCGGGAGUCGGGCCCACACGAACCACCCCUCACGGAUCGUAUGAUACCAAGUUCUCCUGCCCCAUCCAAUGUUGGACCGGGUAGUAAAACGAGAGUCGCGAGCUACAGCAACAUGCCUCAGCCUCGGACCAUGUCCAUGGCCUCUACCGUUGUGGCCCCGUCAGAGCGUACAGAGACGAUGCGUACGGAAACGAUGUCAUCUGCUGUCACGCGUCCUAGCUCCACCCAGACCGUCACGAGCCGUAAUUCCCAACAGGGCCAACAGCAGCAAGUGUUGGUGGCCGCUUCGCGCAGGGCACCCUUGGUAUACCCAGCGCUCCUUUCGCGGGUUGCUGAAGUGUUCCGUGACCGGAUUCCCUUGGGCGAAAAGGAGAAGGAUGGUCUUGUUUACAAGAGUGCGUUUACAGGCGCCGAAGGUGUGGACUUGAUUGCGUACAUUAUCAAGACAACGGAUCGUAACUUGGCAUUGCUUCUCGGCAGGUCCCUGGACGCCCAGAAAUUCUUCCACGAUGUCACGUACGCCCACAGACUUCGCGAUACCCCGAAUGAGAUCUACCAGUUCCGCGAGACUUUGAUGGAGAACACUACGGAGGUCAAUGGCGUGUUCACGCUAUUGACAGAGUGCUACUCGCCUACCUGUACCCGCGAUCGUUUGUGCUACUCCAUCGCCUGCCCCCGCCGCUUGGAGCAACAGGCGCGGCUCAACAUGAAACCUCAACCUGGUCUCAAACGCGCCGAAAGCCGAGCGAGUCUUCACGACGAUGCGGAUGAUGAACAGAAGCUGUGGAUCAACACUGUCCCCAAGGAGGUGUCCGACAGUGUCAGCACGAAAGAGCAGAAGCGGCAAGAAGUCAUAUCCGAGCUGAUGUACACCGAGCGCGACUUCGUGAAGGACCUGGAGUAUCUCCGGGACUUCUGGAUGAAGCCUCUGCGGAAUCCAGCCACAUCGCCCAUCCCAGAGCAUCGUCGGGAGAAAUUCGUGCGGACUGUGUUCUCCAACUGUCAGGACAUCUAUGUGGUGAACUCAAGACUCGCCGAAGCCCUCACACGGCGCCAACAGAAAGAGCCCGUCGUGCGGAAUAUCGGCGACAUCUUCCUGGAAUAUGUCCCGCUGUUUACCCCUUUCAUCAAAUAUGGCGCCAAUCAGCUGUUUGGCAAAUAUGAGUUCGAGCAUGAGAAGCGCACCAACGCCCAGUUCGCGAGGUUCGUGGAUGAAGUGGAAAGGAUGAAAGAGUCGAGAAAGCUGGAGCUGAAUGGGUAUCUCACGAAACCCACAACCAGGCUGGCAAGGUAUCCUCUGUUGCUUGAGAAUAUUGUCAAGUAUACAGCAGACGAUAACCCCGACAAGCAAGACAUCCCCAAGGCGAUUGCUAUGAUCAAAGACACAUUGUCCAAGGUGAAUAUUGAAAGUGGCAAAGCCGAGAACCAUUUCAACCUUAUGCAACUGAACCGGGAUCUCAAAUUCCGCCCUGGAGAGUAUGUCGACCUAAAGUUGACAGACGAGAACCGGCAGCUGGUCUUCAAAGGCCUACUCAAGAAGAAUCCGACAGACUCGACUGGGGACAUUACAUGCUAUCUCUUCGACCACGCCAUACUGCUGGUGCGGAUCAAGACGGUCAAUAAACGAGAAGAGCAGAAAGUGUACAAGAAGCCUAUACCGCUUGAGCUCCUCGUAAUCACUCAGAUGGAUGAGAUCAUUCCCAAGAUGGGGAUCGCCAAGCGCCCCUCUGCGAAUCUCAUGGGAGCAAAGGCGAUUGCUUCAGCGGCUCCCAAAGGCGACGCUUCGAAACAGCAAGGAUACCCUAUUACCUUCAAACACCUUGGAAAGGGUGGGUACGAGUUGACGCUCUAUGCUAGUACGCAGAUCUCUCAGCAGAAGUGGAUGGAGCACAUCGAGGCGCAGCAACGUUCUCUCCGAGAACGCAGCAACAUCUUCACUAAGACGAUUCUUAAUGAGGGCUUCUUCUCCGCCGUUGUCCGGGUUACCUGCGCCGUGCCUCUGGAUGGCGGUCGAAAGCUUGUUUUUGGAACUGACGCCGGAAUCUACGUGUGUGAUAGGAAACCCAAGGACGCAUCCCAAAAGCCUCGUCGUGUCCUGGAUUGCAAGGCCGUGACACAGGUGGAUGUUCUCGAGCAGCAUCAAAUUGUGCUUGUACUUGCUGACAAGACACUCUAUUCCUACUCUAUAGAAGCACUGGAUCCGGACGAAGCUCAACCGAUGGCUAAGCGCCCCAGGAAGAUCUGCCAUGCCAACUUCUUCAAAUCAGGGAUUUGUCUGGGUCAGCACCUCGUGGCUACGGUCAAGACAUCGUCGCUCUCGACAACCAUCAAGGUGUUCGAGCCGAAAGAGAAUAUGGCAAAGAACUCGCGGAAAUCUGGGUUUGCGAAGAUGCUGUCGACGAACCAGGAGCAACUCAAGCCAUACAAAGAGUUUUACAUCCCAACGGAAGCCACCUCGAUUCAUUUCUUGCGCACCAAGCUCUGCGUUGGUUGUGCGCGUGGUUUCGAAGUUGUCAGUCUUGAUACGCUGGAGACUCAGUCACUUCUGGACCAGGCCGAUACAUCGCUUGAUUUCGUGGUGCGGAAGGAGAACAUCAAGCCAAUCCACAUUGAGCGGUUGGCAAGCGAGUUCCUUCUCUGCUACACCGACUAUUCCUUCUUCGUUAAUCGCAAUGGUUGGCGUGCCCGGCCCGAUUGGCGUAUCACUUGGGAAGGCAAUCCUCAGGCGUUUGCCAUCUUCCAUCCGUAUAUCCUGGCGUUUGAGCCCAGCUUCAUCGAAAUCCGCCAUAUGGAGAGUGGCGGUCUGGUACACAUUUUGACAGCAAAGAACAUCAGGUGGCUCCAUACAUCAACGAGAGAAAUACUGUACGCCUAUGAGGACGAGUUGGGCAACGAUGUCAUUGCCAGCUUGGACUUUUGGCAAGCAGCGAAUGGACCGGGCCAUAGACAGAGUACGAUCGAAAAUACCCGAGCGAGCUGA